UUUCGUACUCGCAGGAGAAGUGGAAGUAGUUUAGCGUAUACUAUUUACCAUUGAUGUUUUCUGAGUCAAUUUGUCAUUAUCUCAUUUUAUACGCAAUUAAUUAAAAUAUUUGUGUUGUGCAAUAUUAAAAAUGACGGCAUUUUUUGGAGUUGGCGGGAAUCCUUUUGCGACCCCUGUUGGUCAGAGAAUAGAACAAGCCACAGAUGCGUCUCUGGCCUCAGAGAACUGGGGACUAAACAUGGAGAUUUGUGAUAUCAUCAACGAGACGGAAGACGGACCUAAAGACGCUGUGAAAGCUUUGCGGAAGCGUCUACAGCAAAAUGCUGGAAAGAACUACAUUGUAGUCAUGUACACACUUACGGUGUUGGAGACAUGCGUGAAGAACUGCGGUAGGAGAUUUCACGUUCUCGUUUGUAACAAGGAGUUUGUUCAGGAACUGGUGAAGCUGAUCGCCCCCUCACCCCCCCUCUCCUGGCUACAGAACCUCCCCCCCUCCCUGCAGAAUCUAUCUGCGUUCUCCCUCAGCUCGCAGUACUCUCCCAUAGGAAACGGCGGAGGACCCAAGAAUGAUCCUCCAACAGCCGUGCAGGAGAAGGUCCUGAGUUUAAUACAGAGCUGGGCGGACGCCUUCAACACCCAACCAGAGAUGAGCGGAGUUGUCCAGAUAUACCAGGACCUGAAGUCUAAGGGUAUUGAGUUCCCAAUGACAGAUUUGGAUGCUAUGGCUCCCAUCCACACACCUCAGAGGGUGAGUGGCAUUCAAGCCUACCAUGAUCUGAUCCAAAGAAGUAUACCGGAUGGUGAGGUGGCUGUAGGAGUGUCAGCUCUGGCGGCUCAGCAGGCGGGGACACUCGGGGCCACCAAGACCCCCACUAGUCCCCGCCUCACCCCGGACCAGCUGGGCAAGCUGCAUGGUGAACUGGACGUGGUGCAGGGCAACAUGGCGGUCAUGAGCGAGAUGUUGAGUGAACUGACUCCGGGCCAGGAGCAUCCCAGCGACAUACAACUACUCAAGGAGCUGCAUGAGACGCUGAAGACAAUGCAGGCAAGGCUGGUGGAACUGAUCAGCAAACUAGCCAAUGAGGAGAUCACCGAGGAACUGCUGCGCAUCAACGACCUUCUCAACAACAUUUUCCUCAGAUAUAGCAGGUUUGAGAACAACAGGGAGAUGGCGGCGAGGGCUAGAGAGGGUGUGGGUGCGGCAAUGGGCGGGGCUGCAAUGGGCGGGGCAGCAAUGGGCGGAGCCUCCCUCAUAGAUCUGAGUGAUGAAACCACCUCACAAUUGUCUGGACUGUCUCUGAAGGCAGCGAGUAGCAGCUCGGCCCACAGCGCAGCAGCGGCCGCUCGCCCUGACAAGGAUGAUGAAUUCGACAUGUUCGCUCAGAGCCGAAAUGUUACCUAUGAAACAUCCAAAAAUGGGGGCAGCAGCACAUUCGAGGCUAACCUUAAGCCAGACCAGAUCAGUGGGAGCCUGGGAGCUGUGGCCCAAACUAGGUCUCAACCACAGACGCAGGCCAACACGCUGCAGAAACGUGUGAUAAAAAUGCAUAAAGAAAGCGACUUUGAUGAAAUGGCCGCAUGGCUUGGUGACGAGGCUUCACAAGAGUCGCUGACGUCUAGCGAGUUUGAGAGGUUCUUGGCCGAGAGAGCGGCAGCCGCAGACAACCUGCCCACCCCUCCCUCUCACUCUCCCUCCUCACCCUCCCACGCAACUCGACACAGACGCGGCAACAAGGAGCCAGAGGACGCAUCACUUUACGCCCUCUGAGACUCAGUGUAAGAGAGUGAGGGUGUUUGUGACGUACUUACCUUCUCGGAUGUGUUGCUGAGGCUUCUUUCAUCCCAACUGCCAGGUGCUGGGGAAAUGCCACACGUUCAACACUUCAACAUUACCUAACAGUUGAUACAUGUAUGUUUUUAUUACUUCAUACGAGUAUUUUAACCAUUUAAUGGUUGACAUUUUUGCAGCUUUGUCAUUUAUGUGAUUAACCGUUAUGUUAAUGUAUGAAUAUUUUUGUGAUCUAAACUUUCAAUAUGAUGGGUAAUAUUUUAUAGAUUUCCCUGCCAAUUUUUUUGGGAGUUGAAGCAUUGAAGCUGUUUCAACCUAUAUUUAAGAAGUAUUCUAAAUUAAAUAAUGUUUAUCAUUGUAUAAGUUUAACCAUAGACUAACCAACACAAGUAGACUUCUCGUCCCAUGGUAAAUUUUAAAGCAUGUUUUUCGUGUCUUGUUCAUGUAUGGUGACACUGGGCACUAGUGUCGAUGAAAUUUUGUUUCUAUUAUUUUAGGGUUAAUUUCUUGAUUUGUGUUUUACUUUUUAACUAGGGGACGAGUUAUUGUUUAUGAUUAUUAUUUGGUCAAAUGAGGUUUUAAAUGACUGAAAUAACAAGAAACAAAUUGUAAACAAAACGCAACCUUUUACAGUACACCAUACAGAACUAACAAUAAAAUUGUCUUCAGCUGUUCCAUAAGGAUGAGAAGUCUACUAAGGGACUAUGUUUUAUCUAUGGUUUAACCCUAUUCUGAGUUUUGUGAAUUAAUAUUUUCAAUUCACGCAAAGAACAUAAACUCCAAACAUAACUGCCAAAUAACAUGAAGUUAAUGCUGUAUCAGGUUCAACUGUUUUCAAAUUUGGAAGACGGAAGAAAUAAGUUUCAUUAUGUGUAUAUUAUUAAUUUACAUUUUUACUGAAACUUCUUUCUUUGUUACUGAAGCAAAUUAAUUUUGUUGGACAGUUUCUAAACAAAUCAAACAUCCAUUCCUUUCUUCUUUUUUGUAGUUAAAAAGAAAUACGUGUUUUGAUACUUGCAGUAUCACGCAACACAUCCGAACAUAAAGUACGUAUCGCUUUAUUUAUUGUAGUAUUAAACUGUUUGUCCGUGGUUCUGUCAAGGGUUGAUAGUUUGCAAACUUUCCUCCGAUUGUUUUUAUUGCCUCUGUUAUAAGUAUGAGUUUUCGGUAGGUUAAGUAUCAAAAUCAGUUUUACACAGAGGUGUUGUGAACUCAUGUUUUAUCUCUUGAUAAAUUUUGUGAUCAGAUUUUCAAAUCUGUAUACAAUAGAUUUGUUUAUUUAUUUUUGGUCAGGUACCUUUUUACUUUUUGUAACAAAUAUAAACAUAGGAAUUGCAAUUUUCCUAAUGAAAAUUUACUAAAAUUAUUUUUUUUAAAUUAAUUUUCCUCUCAUUUUAAGAUUUUUAACACCGUUGACUACGGAUAUAACUAGACAUUCGAUUCAUAUAUUAAAAUUGUGGCCAGUUGUAGAAUAAUUAUAAACAUAAUUUUAUUCGGCCUCUGACACAAUAUGUUGUUUGUUGUUAAUUACUGGUUAUCUUGUAAAUCUACAACUAAUUAACAAAGUAAACUGAAAGGUUGUAUUAUUGUUAAUUAUAGCAAAUUGUUAUACCUUGUUUUUACAACUUGAAUAGUUCCUCUUUCAUAGUAAAAAGAGGAGCUCAUUUAACUUGUUUCAAGAGGUUGGCAGCCUCGUUUAUCGCACAUUUUCCCGUCCACAAAAAAGUUUGAUCAGUAUCUCAGUUAACUUUUUUUUAAAGAAGUUGGAGGCCUCUUUUUCCAUGCAUUUAUCCGUUCACAUGGGCUACAGAGGCCUGUGCGUGGAAUGUAUCCAGCAAAGCAAGGGGUGAGCCGGUAAAAAGUGUAAACUGUACUGAUAAAAGUAAAAGCAGGUGUCUGGAUCCGAACCCGCUGCGUUUGACCCAAAGUCCGUGGUGCUACCGACUUAUCUUACUUGCUUAGUUCUAUUUGAAAACGAAAUUGGCUUCAGCUGAUUCAUGUAGAUGGGAUGUCUAAAUGGUCAAAGAUGGUGGAAUCUAUAUAUUAUGGAAUGCACCAUCAAAACUAAUCAACAUUUAAUUUAGUCCUGAACUAGGGAAUUGAAAAUAAAUCGGUAUUUGAUGCUUCCCAAGCUAAAUUCCUAUGUUUAUAUCUACUUACCUAAAACUUAAAUAAAAAUUUCUGUGUAAAACUGACUUUACAUACCUAUGUUUGGAUGGUGAUGUAUAUAUUAUAUAAAUUUAUAAUAUUUAAAUACUAAGAUAUGUUAUUAUUACGUAGAAUUAACUGUGAAACAACUCUCAAAUGAAAUAGUAAAUUUGUACUGAUUUGUGUAAAUGAAUGUUAAUCUCUAACAUUCUCUUUGAAGGUACAUUCUUUUUAUCUAUUAAGAAAUACAAAUAAGUGGUUUAAAAUAGUUUUAUUUUACAUUAUUUGAUUUUUUCUGGCCACCGACCUUUUAUUCAGCAUGUAAUUUAAAUUUUGAGUAAUUCUAGUCGGAAACAGAGAUUGGAUUCUGUUUGAAAAGUUUAUUUAGUAAUUUUAUAACCAUUGAAUGUAACUCAGAAGAUCGUAAAAAUUUUGAAUGGAGUAACUAACGAUGGGUGUCUGUUUGAGAUUAUUUUAUUCCAUUUUUUAAGUCACAGAACGGAGGAAUUCCUUUAUUUCACUAAAUGUAAGUUAAAUGCAAUGAAACAAUUUGUAUUUGAAUUUGUGUUGAUCACGUUUUUUAUGUCACAUGACCUUGAUGCAUUAUGUGAAAAGUAUUUAAGUUUGAGGUUUAGGUUUUUGGAACAAAACCAGUCUGUGACAGAACAAAUUCUAUUUUAAUUGUUAAGUUGUUAUCUUUGUAAAUUUAAAAGCAAGUUAUUUUUCUUUUUCAGAAGAUUUUAUGGCUAAUAAUGAAUUAAGUUGCCCAAUGUAUUCUGUGCAAAGUAGACUAUCUCUUGUUUGGAAAUGUCGGAUUGCCGAGACCGAAAUUUUGUUUGAAACUUAAAGUCCAAACUUUCGGAAGAUACAAAAAUGCCAGGAUAUGGUUUUUAAACGACACAUGCGUGCAAAAUUAGUAAUCUCCAGGACAAAAUCAUUACCCUAGGCUAAAGCAAUAACAUCUAUAAUUGACACGUUGCUUAACGGACAACGGACAGGCUUUGACUUCAUUUUUCAUGGCUAUGGACAAUUCGGCAGCUCUGGGUACGAGUCAUUGUGAGAAGCAUCCAAUUCUAAUGGUUCUGAACCAGAGGUAGUCUACCGCAUUUGUAACUUUUAUGUGCAUGUACUAAAUUACUCUACAAACAAAUUUCGAGACUUUUUUUAUUUCUGAAGCUGGGCUCAGAAAUUGUAUCACUGUAAAAUAUGUUUUGUUUAAGUUUGAUUUUAAUUCACGCUGGCUGCUUAUUGAGCCGUAAUAAGGUUUGUCUGUUACAUAUUGUAUACUAAACAUAUUUUAUUUAUCUACUUGAUUAAUCAGAUUAUCUUAUUUUUUAUCAAUACGUUUUUUAACCUUGAGAUUAACUUUGGUUUUGUGUUUGUGACUUUAACAUUGCACUUAAUAAAAGUUUUUUACAUCCACUUUUUAUUAUUGUUGAUGGGAUUAGUUUAGUUUUGACUUUGAAUCAAUUCGUUAAAGAUCAUUCCGUUGUCAUUACCUGUGAUAAUGCUUGUUUUUUUAUUGCAAUGCUGCAAGUUUAUUUGAAAUGUUUUUUUCAUAAAUAAAUUGUGUAAAGUGGUAACGAUUAAUGUAUCGCUACACAGGACCAUGAGGUUGGUAUGUAAACGCCUUACAUCGUCGUCACAUUCGUGUUAUCAAAUGUGUAACUAUAUUGUGUAAGUAUAAAAAUAAAUACCUAAGUUAUUGUUUGAAUUA